CUGCUCUGUUUUUCAGGUGGUAUCUCGGGGUGCUGUAUUUGGUUUUCAGGUGGUAUCUCGGGGUGCUGUAUUUGGUUUUCAGGUGGUAUCUCAGGGUGCUGUAUUUGGUUUUCAGGUGGUAUCUCGGUGUGCUGUAUUUGGUUUUCAGCCUUGAUUUUUUUUGUUGCUUUGUCUGUUAUGUGUGUCUGGUUUUAUGUUCAUUGUCUCUGUGUUGUCUUUUUCUGUGUUGUCUGAACGUUGCCUGUAAGUUAUAUGAACGUUGCCUGUGUGUUGUCUGAACGUUGCCUAUGUGUUUUCUGUGUUGUGCAGACACCGGGCUGUGACCUGAUCCUGGGCUCGGACCAGCAGGAGGAUGCCUGUAUGGUGUGUGGAGGACAGAACUCCACCUGUCUACACCACAGGAGUGUGUACCAGAAUGCACAGGGAGCAGCGGGUCCGUUUGGGUACAAUGAGGUGACCAUGAUCCCAGCUGGAGCUACUCACAUCCGUGUCACCGAUAACAGCAGAAACUAUCUGGCGCUCCAGAACGGGCGUUCCCAGUUUGUCAUUAAUGGGAACUGGAAGAUCAGUGUUCCUGGGGAGUACAGCGUGGCGGGAACCAAGCUCCUGUACAAGCGCUCUGUGGACACCUGGGAAAGCUUUGAGGUCCCUGGACCCACUAUGGAGGACCUGCACGUCAUGGUGUUGGUGACAGACAGGAACCCGGGGAUAGAAUACGAGUAUUGGCUCCCUCCAGACCGCUAUGCUCUGUUCCAUGGCAGGAGGAGUCAGCUACGCCAGCCUCACCACACUGCUAGCUACAUCCCCUGGGAUCACCCCACCACUGCUACUACCACUACUACUACUAGGCCUCCCCCUGUUACCACAAGACCCUACUGGGCUCCUCCAGGUGGCUGGCCCAUCAAGUCCCCUCGCCACCCAGCUCGACAACCCCCUCAACAGCCCCACCGCCCACCUGUCCUUCCCCGCCUAGAGAGGGACGAGACCAGAAGGAACCGACUACCCCAACCACCCCGAGGAG